AGUUAAUGAGGUAACGUGACGAGGAGCAGAGUCUCCGGUAUGUCUAUAUCACCGUCCGGCGGAACCCCCUCCGCCACCUUGGGUAAGGUCUCGACGGUGAUCCAGACCCUUAACUUCUACCUUUCGGAGCACCCUUCCAUCGUUGGGUUCCGAUGGAACCACCCCCAAUGCUGGGGCUCCACCUGGUCGUUCCUCUUCACCUCCAUAACCGUUUACAUCGUCGUAUCUAUUCUUCUUCACCUAUUAUUGACUUUGCUUCUUCGCCGUGGCCAACCCGUCCCUCUCGGACCCUUACCCGCGGUUCAUAGCCUCGCCAUGUCCGUCAUCUCCAUCACAACAUUCGCCGGAAUAUUGCUCUCUGCCGCCGCCGAGAUCAAAGAAACACGGUGGUUCUGGCACCGCACGAAGACCCCGCUUCAGUGGCUUCUAUGUUUCCCUCUCGGUACACGUCCCUCUGGUCGUGUUUUCUUCUGGUCCUACGCGUUUUACUUGUCGCGUUUCCUUCACAUGUUGAGGACAAUCUUCGUUAUCCUACGACGUCGUAAGCUGGAUUUCUUUCAGCUCUUCCACCAUUCUAUCUCCACCUUCAUGUCCUUCCUGUGGUUGGAGUUCUCGCAAUCGUUCCAAGUCCUCGCGAUUCUCUUCACCACUUUGGCAUACUCUGUCACGUACGGUUACAGGUUCUGGACCGCCAUAAGGUCGCGUGGCGCGUGCUUUCCUUUUGUGCUGAAUUGCCAAAUUGUGGUUUCGGGGUGCAGUCUGGUGUGCCAUGUUGGUGUGCUUUUGCUGCAUUUCUUCAACGGUGGGUGCAAUGGGAUUGGUGCUUGCAUCUUCAAUUCUGUGCUGAACGGUGCUAUUUUCUUGCUGUUUCUUAACUUUUAUGUGAGAGUGUAUCUCUCCAAUAGGAGGAAUCUUAAUGGUGUUAGUGAUCGGGGUGCAAACAAUAUUGCUCAUUCCUGCUUUGCCUUAGGCGCUGGAAAGGAAGCAGAUACCAACAAAUUGAAGUCCAAUUAAAGCACAAAACUAUGUUGAUGCGACCAUGUUCACUUUUGUAAAAAACUUGCAGGUCUCUAUACAUAUGAUAAGACUAUAUAUAUUCGUAGGAACUUAGGAUUUUUGUUGAGUACUCAUUAUGAUAAUAAUGUAAGUAUGUAUUACAGUUU